AUGAACUUGAUGGAAAAUGAUCAAGAAAAAUUAGCAUAUACAUUUACAAAUAAUAGUAAUAGCAUAGAACCUAAAACCUCCAGUGGUUCAAAAGUAGUUGGGAAACUAGUUAAAGUCAAAUUUUCAAAAUCAUGCACCACACCAAUCAUAACGCCUCUGAAGUUACAACACGUCGUCGUUGAUCGGUUAGAAGAAGAAUCGGCGCGCCGUCGGCGCCAAGACGAAGUUGACGGUUUCAGUGAAGAAAAGCUGCGACAAGAUCACGGUGAGAUAUCGGAACAUCAAGAUCACAGUGCGGAACACGUGUCCACGUCGCCUCUUGGUCACCGUGACGGUCAAGUUGCAGGCAUCGACGAACCGCGGGGGCGGUUAAUCGCUGGUCCGUCUCCCGUUUAUCCGGCGAUCCGCGUUUCGUCGAGUCGUACUACAUCCACUAUCACCACCAGUCGCCUGCAGCAGUGUCCCCAGUUGCACGACUACCAGCGUCCGAAGGUCAACGAAGGAUCGACGACGUCGUCUUCUGCCCGACCGGAAGAAGUCAUGUUACAACAAUACCAGCAGCAACCGGACUACACGCCCUACGGCGGCAUUGGGUACGGCGCCCAGCCCAACGCCGGUUACUUCAACUAUACUGCCACCGAGUCCUCGUGGUACGGUUCGCCGUCAUCGGGGGCCGCCGAUCAUGCGCAAAUGCAUGCCGGUUUAUCACAUAACGCGUGCAACACACAUAUCGGCGACAGUACAGGAAACUUCCUGAACCAUGGUUAUCAUCAGGCUACGUCGACAGGAGCGUCGACGUCUUCAGCGGAAUCGUUCGCCACUAACAACCAUCCGGUGUCCCAGGCCGACAUGACAGACCCCAUGGCAGACUUCUUGGGCGGCCACCAAAACAUGGCCGAAAACGAUAAGAUCAUCAAGGAGGAGUCCAUAGACUGGCUCUCGACCAUCAUAAACGACGAAGUCGUCGACCACGGUAACCGGCCUGAAGUUUGCGACGGGGGCGGUGGUGGUGGUGAUGGUGUGGCGGGCGCAGGUGGCAACGGCGGCAAACUCGUCGGCGACUUGCCGUGCGAGGGCAGGGAAUCCAACGGCCGGUUACCGAACUUUCAUCAAGCUUUCGGAUCCACUGAGAUAGGCAGGUUCUCGCAGCACGAGUACUACGAACCGCCGAAAGACGCGGCCAUCGGCGAAUGCCAGUCGGUCGGCCGGUCUGGCGCUGUGCAACAAACCGGCGUCGGAACGUCGCAGAGAUCCGACGAACAGCACGCUGCAGCGGCGGUGUCGUCAUCGUCGUCGUCGUCGUCGUCGUUCGAACCGCCGCGGCAGCAGAACAGGCGUGGACGAGCGCAGCGCGGCGGCGGCCAAAACCGGCGCAACAACAAACAGACCAGAACGGCGGCCGCUGCCGCCGCAGCGGCUGCUGCCGUGGCCGCCCAACAGUACGCGGGUUACGACGUGACCGGUGCCGCGGUGGGCAGGCACCAAGUACCUCCGUACCACCACCAAGACCCGUACAACCGGAACCAUCAUCAUCACGCCCAACAGCAGCGGUACCACCAAGAAUACCAUCACCAAAACCAGCAGACGCCUUACCAGAACCACCAACAGGAGUAUUACAGGCCGUACGACCGGAUGCACUACCAGCAACAACAGCCACCACCGCUGCCACCGAGCCAGUACUACAACGGCAAUAACGGCAACAACAACGGCGGUGGUGGAGGUAGUAGCAACAGCAGCAGCAGCAGCAACAACAACAACAACAACAACAACAACAACGGUAACCGGGAACAGUCGUACGCCGGCGGUUACAACAACCGGUUUCACUCGUGUUGUUCUACCGAGCACAUAGCCAGGCCCAGUCAUCAUCACAAUUACGGUGGUUCGGGCCAGUACUACGGUGCGGAUUACAACACUUACAACCAGUGGUGAUGCGAUGAGCAGUAAUUCUCAUCGCCGCUACCGUCGCCGCCGCCGUGUCAUAAAAUAUCGUUUUCAACGUCGUUCUAAAGAAAAAAUAAAAAAAUUAUAGAAUUAUAAAAGGUAUGUUCCGUUUGUGCGCACCAACAACGGCGGGUGCGUCUCUCAAACAACCCUUUCCCCCCACACCCACCAACCCGUUUCCCGACAGAUACAAAAAAUACAAAAAUAAUAUUUAUCAAAUUAAUAUUUUUAACUCACUAUAUAUCUGUGAUACGAUGACGAUGGUAAUACACGGUAUAACGGUUAUUCGAUGUGUAUUAUUAUCAUCACCACGUUAUUGUGCAACAACAAAAUUUGUGGCUUAAAAUGCGAGUCGUAGGAUGCAGUUUUUUUUUAUUAUUAUUAUUAUUAUUAUUUCUCGGACACGCAACGAGAGUCAAUUAUAACGUCGAAAACGAAAUUCCCGAAUUGUACAUUAUUCGUCUUCUCGUGUCGCGUUUUACAACAACACCGGGCGUGUAAAAAACGAUAACCGUUUAACUCAACAGUAACUGUUUAAAACAAUUGUUGGUAUAAUUAUGUCGAACAAAAAAAAAAAAAAAAAAACCACCGCCGCGCGACCGCGGUCUCCUCCCACGCGCGGACACUGCAGACGGCGCGAGCGUCGUUGUCGUCGUGUGCGCGCCGAAGGAAUCGCAGGACUCGGGAGAUCUAUAUAAUAUUGUUAAUGCGAGAUAACGACGUGGUGCCAGACAGGAUUUUCCGUUCUUUCGCGUCAGAUCGGCUGCGAGUCCAUGAUCGCCGGCGUGUGUAGUCCGUGUACAUUAUAAUACGAUAUAUUAUAGUGUUGUUUAUAAUUACACGUAACGACAUGCGCGUUCUUCUGCCGCGAACGCGAAAGGGAGCAGAUCGUCUUAAAAGUCACGGAGACGGACGUCUUGUCUCGUUUCGACGUUUUAUAAUCGUAUGAUUUACAUUAUAUAGUGUUUAAGUCGUUGUGCCUUAUUAAUUAACGGUUAAUGUUGUAAAAUGCACCAUUAUUAUUAUUAUUAUUAUAUUAUAAAUAAAUUAUAUAUUACUGUAUAAAAUUAUAUCGAUAACAUAUUUUUUUUUCUUACAUAUAUAUUAUAUAUUAUUAUAUUAUAUAAAACAUAAAUGGCGAGCUAAGCCGUGUUUAAAAAAGUCCGGCGCCUGUAGUUUUAUUUACAUUUUGUUUUUAUUGAUUAUUAUUUUAUUGUUUAGUUUUGUUUUCCAAUUCCGUUUGUACUUUAUGAUAUAAUAAUAUAUCGUAUCUGUAUUGCUGGUAAGAGGGAGCAAUGAUACAAUUUUUUUUUUGAAUGCUGUACGUUAUAUUAUUUUGUUUUAGACGAUAAGACAGAGCCUACAGCAGUGUUUUAAUCCUACUAAUGUUAGUUGUCCGAUUUGUUUGUAUCAUUAUUAUAUUAUUAUUAUUAUUAUUAUUAUUAUUAUUAUUAUUACUAUUGAUAUUAUUAUAUUUUGUA